GUCAAAGCGUUGCUAAGCUUCCGACUGAUUGAUUGAUCAAUAACGUCAAAAUGGAAUCGAAAUGGUACUUUUUUCCGGGUCAAAAUCCCGAAAAUACGAAAAUUUCAGACAGAGCUCACGCCCUUCACAUCACUAAACCAGCAUGGACCAACAUAACGGAGCAUUUGAACCGAAAAAAGCGAAUCCAAGAAGCCAUCGAUAAGGAAAGAGCUCACAAGGAAGCUCUAAAGCAAGGAUCAGAGUCCAUGACGAAAGAAUGGGUCAAUUCGAUUGAAAACCUCCGGAUCAAAAAAGAGGAAGAACGUCGUGAGCGCAUUAACAAAAAAAAGGAAGACAAGAUCCAAAUGUUUUACAAAAUGCGAGCCGAGCAAGAAGUCGUGCGAAAAGAAUACGUCGAGAAGGUGAAACGUGAAGUUUUCCGCUCCACCGGUUACCCCAAAGAACUGACAAGUGCCCUAAUCCUGUCUGAAACUUUAUACGAACGCGAAAAACAGCAAGAAUUCAACGAAAUGAUCAAACAGCACGAAGACGAAGUCAGGAAAGAGUUCCACGCCCAGAUCGUGGCACGUGAUGCCCAAGAACGGAAAGAAGACGAAGAAGAGAAGUUGAAACGUUUUGAAGAACGCAAAAAAAUAUCCCAAAUUCUCAAAGACCAGAUUGUUGAGAACGAAACUUUUAAGAAAGCCCAGAGUCGGGCACGUGUCGAAAAGGAGACAAUUGACCGAAUCAACGCGGCACGUGAAGAAGAGCUCAUUAAAGAGUUUGAAAAAGAAGAGAAACUUAAAACUCGGCGUGAAAUGGCUCUGGAGAGGAAAAAAGAGAUUGAAAUUGAACGCAAACGACAACAACUUCUCGCCAAAGAAACGGCAGAGAUGGAAAAAGCGACGGAGUUUUACAGUGAGGCGAAAAAACGCAUUGAUUGUCUGCUCAAAAUCAAGGAGAAGGAAAUGCGGGAGGAGGCGAUUCAAGCACGGGAAGUGCUAGCUUCUAAGGUUGGAGCAAUUCAGGAAGCUAAAGACGCGGCUGAAGACGAACGCAUUGCCAAAACUGUCGCUGAAAAGGACGAAGAAGACAGGCUUAAAGCUGAGGCUAAAGCUCUUGCUCAAGCUCAAGCCGCGAGGGAAAGAAUAGAGGACCGGAGACAGUUUUUGGAGAGACACGAAAAGGAGAAAUGUGCCGAACGGGAGGUGAAAAGAUGGGAAAUGUUGAAUCGGGUCAAGACACAGGAAGCGCUAAAAGAAUAUGAAGAGAGGGCUAUUAAAGAGAAAUGGAAGAGGAUUUUGGAGUAUCGUAAAGAGUUGCUUGAGCAAAUGGCCGAGGAGAAGGAGGUGCUGAAACAGGAGAAGGAGAUUGAGGAGAUCAUGUCGCGUGUGAGUUUUGAGGAGGCUGAUAAAAUGUUCUUUGAUUACGCGGAGGAGGUGAUGGAGUUGGCCAAGAAGAGGAAACGGUCGACUUAUCCAAUCGAAAAAGUCAUAUUUGAGUACAAAAAAAUGAACAAUUUGGUGCAAAAAGACCGCCAUUGCAGGUGUUGCAAGAAAUAAAUCUCGCACCAAGUUUGGAGAUUUUGAUAUGUGACGUUGGUACGGUAUUAAAUAACUAACACAAUAAAGCCACGUAAUUAUUCCAUA